AUGCGUCUCUCGCUCGGGGUCCUCGUCGCUUCCUUCACGGCCGCCCUGGCGGCUCCGGCUCCCGAAGCCGAACCAAACACCAUCGAACGACGCGCCCCUUCUUGCAACAUCGUCAGCGAUGCCUGCUACAUCAGCUGCGCCGGUGGAAGUGCAUACCUCAACUGUUACGGUUCUUACUGCGUGGCUACAGGAACUGCUGGCAAUUAUGGAUACUGCAAAUGCAAGUGUCGUUACGGCUAG